CAGCGCAAGCCCGCGCAGUGCAUUGGUAGGACCUAGGAGCCGGCAGGGAGGACUGAGGGGCGGCGGGGCGGGGAACUGGGAGGCAUGGCGCGGCCCGAUGACGAGGUGGGGCCGGCCGUGGCGCCCGGGCACCCGCUGGAGAAAGGAUACAUUUCGGUGCCCAGGGGCGCCCCGGACGGGGAGGCGCGGUUGGAGCCGCAUGACGGGCCCGAGGCGCUGAACGGAGGCCCCGGGCUCGGCCCGCUCAUUGCGGGAGCCCCUGGCGGGCCGCAAGCCCUGUUAGAGGUGGAGGAGGAGACCCAGGCCCGCCUUCUGCCCGCGGGCGGCGGGGAGGACAUCCCAUGCUCCGUGCGCCCCCCGCGCACAGCGCUGUCGCCGCGGCGCUUCGUGGUGCUGCUCAUCUUCAGCCUUUACUCGCUGGUGAACGCCUUCCAGUGGAUCCAGUACAGCAGCAUCAGCAACGUGUUCGAGGACUUCUACGAAGUGUCGCCGCUGCACAUCAACUGGCUGUCCAUGGUGUACAUGGUGGCCUACGUGCCCCUCAUCUUCCCCGCCACCUGGCUGCUGGACACGCGAGGCCUGCGGCUCACGGCGCUGCUGGGCUCCGGCCUCAACUGCCUUGGCGCCUGGGUCAAGUGCGGCAGCGUGCAGCGGCACCUCUUCUGGGUCACCAUGCUGGGGCAGAUCCUGUGCUCCGUGGCCCAGGUCUUCAUCCUGGGCUUGCCCUCUCCCGUCGCCUCGGUAUGGUUUGGACCCAAGGAGGUGUCGACGGCUUGUGCCACAGCAGUGCUGGGCAAUCAGCUUGGAACUGCAGUUGGCUUUUUGUUGCCACCUGUUUUAGUUCCUGUCUUGGACAUGCAGAAUAACACAGGCCUCCUGGCUCACACACAGAAUAACACGGACCUCCCAGCUCACACACAGAAUAACACGGACCUCCCGGCUCACACACAGAAUAACACGGACCUCCUGGCUCAAAACAUCAACACCAUGUUUUAUGGAACAGCAUUUGUCUCCACAUUUUUAUUUUUUUUAACGGUAAUUGCAUUCAAGGAGAAGCCUCCGUUGCCACCGAGUCAGGCUCAGGCAGUUCUUCGAGACAGUCCCCCCGCAGAGUACUCCUACAAGAGUUCUAUCUGGAACCUGUUCAGAAACAUUCCCUUUGUUCUCCUGCUGGUCAGUUAUGGUAUCAUGACUGGAGCAUUUUAUUCAGUUUCAACAUUAUUAAAUCAAAUAAUAUUGACAUAUUAUGAGGGACAAGAGGUGAAUGCUGGAAGGAUCGGGCUCACACUGGUGGUAGCUGGAAUGGUGGGCUCUAUUCUCUGUGGCUUAUGGCUGGACUACACCAAAACCUACAAGCAGACGACUCUGAUAGUGUACAUCCUGUCUUUCAUUGGAAUGCUCAUAUUUACCUUCACGCUGAAGCUCGGGUACAUCAUCGUGGUGUUUUUUACUGGCGGGAUCCUUGGCUUCUUCAUGACUGGUUACCUCCCCCUGGGCUUUGAGUUUGCUGUGGAAAUCACUUACCCUGAGUCGGAGGGCACAUCCUCAGGGCUCCUCAACACUGCUGCACAGAUAUUUGGAAUCUUGUUCACAUUGGCUCAAGGAAAGCUCACAUCAGACUAUGAUCCAGAGGCAGGGAACAUUUUCCUCUGCGCCUGGAUGUUUGUGGGCAUCGUUCUAACAGCAUUAAUCAAGUCUGAUCUGAGAAGGCACAAUAUAAAUGCCGGGCUGACAAACAGCGACGUUAAAGCUGUACCAGUUGAUAGUCUGUUAGAUCAAAAACCAAAAGUGAUGGUGUCUAUACAGUCGGAAUCCUCACUCUGAAGAAGGGAACAUAGCUGCCCCUCACAUGGGCAUGAGGCAUCACCUCUGGGCAGCUGUGUGAGUUGUGAGACACUUGAAAAUUAUUGGAUGAAUUCUGAAUAUUAUUUUUGUUUUGUGUUAAUUUAAGCAAUGGUUUUGCUUAAAAUGUCCUUGCUUACCUCGUGUAAAGACUCCAUUCAUGUAAUAUUCUUGACAUUUUUUCAGGAUGAUUUGUUUAUUAUGGGGGUCUAGUUUCUGUAAGACAUAAGAGUGUGCAGUUCACACAUAAACACAUCCAGUACAUUCCCAGUGAGUUGUCACCUCAUGGUACUACGUCAGGGUCAACGUCAGAGUCAUGGUAUGAGUGCAGAAUACUGUGAGAAGCGCUGACCCUCAGACAGGGCUGGGAUUGAGAGUCCCACCUCUUAUACGCCUGUUGUCCAGUGUACUGCGACAUGUUCAUGUUCUGUCCCACAAAAACAAACAAACAAACAACAGACAAACAAAAUGGUUCUGUGCACAGAUUAAAUCCAUUAUACUCUGGUUAGCUAGGGAGCCGAGAUGCACAGACCAUCUGAGAUCCUCGCUGUGCUGCCUCCAUAUAGAUCAAUGUUAUUAAUGCAGCACAACUUGAAAUAGCAGUUUUAUGCCCGUUGUCCAUUUUCACUCUCUUAAAAGAAACUUUUAUCAUCUGUGUUAUGGGCUAGCUCAUGAUUCUUAUAUCACAUCUAUAUUUUGCCUUGAAGAUGCCCAAGAUAAGGAAGUCUGUGAUAACUUCAGAGUACACGUGUCUCCAUUCUGUGGAGAGCCCUUGAAAUACUAGCUGCUCUUUCCAGGAUCACUCCUCUGACCACUGGCUUUGAGGACUACCAGUCCUUGCACAUGUUUUGUGAAUGCUGGGAACAGGUUCUGCUGCACCACAGAGUGUAUGUAGUCAGUACUCUGUGGACACUAUCUCUUACACACUCAGGACAAGGCGAAUGGGACCAAGUAUAUUUUCACAGUGCCUACCACUGUGUCUUGUUUACAGUGAAAAUUAAAUGUCAUUGAUGUUUUGUCUCCUAAGCUUACAUUCAUGCCAUUUAAUCAACCAUAAUAUUUAUAUAGUGUGAUUUUGUAAAUUUUACAAAAAGUUUACAUAAUAUAAAAAUGCACACAGAAAAGGUAAUCAUGUAAUGAAUAUGGUUGAAGCAAAUGCAACUUUGAUUUAGGCAAAAUAUGCAUUGAUUUAUCUUGAUAUUAUUCUCUUUCAUCAAAUUACUAUAAAUUGUAUGGAAUUUGACACUGGAAAAUGUUCCGAAAGAACUUAAUGUCACUCAGAAUCAGGAAUUCUGGUUUUGUGUCCCGGCAUGCUUAUGCCUUGGUAACCCUGGACAUUUCAUUCACCCUCUCUGACACAUCACUCACCCUCUCUGGCAGCAUUUUCCUGAUCCAUGAAAUAAUGCAUUCACACUGAUCUAAAAGAUCUUUUUAAAAUAUUGUUCAUCAUGAAGUAGACCAAAUCACUGUAUCACAGGAAUUUAGAAAUCUAGCUAGAAUCUGGGCAGUGGUGGUGCACCUAAACCAUGUCUUGAAAAACCAAAGAGAGAGCGAGAGAGAAAGAGAGA